CGGCUUAUAUCUGCGGUGGACAACGGCGGCGGUGUCACGUUUCCGAGGCGAACGCGUUAGCCAGCUCUGACGGUGCUCGGCAGUACGUCAGCGUUUGCGGCCGCGGUGGUCACGCGAUGAACGCCUGUCCGCGAGCUGGACAUUGAACGACAGGCCAGUGCGCUUGGGCCAUAGAACUGCCGCUUGCGAGCCGAACCCGAAAACCGGGCGAGCGGUCUGUGCGAAUAUUAUGCUUUGUUAUAAUGGACAAAGUCGCCUCGUUGGUCUACGACGUCGCCGCCGCCGCCGCCGCCGUCGUCGAUCAGUCGGACCUUAGCACAAACGACACGACGGCAGCCUCAGAUUUUUAUUGUAACGCUUACAGCUUUAUCCAGUGCAAUCUCCAAUCAAAUGAUUUAAUACACAACGAUGGUGAGCAAACAUAUGAUUCCGCAUUACAGGAUGUUUUCCUGGACGAUUUAUCUCAAAGUUCAUUUAGCAACGAUACCCCACCUGACCAGUCGGACACUAACAAGAGACAUAACUGCGAAUUCACCGGCUGCAAAAGGACGUACAGUACAGUCGGUAAUUUACGCACUCACAUGAAAACCCAUAAAGGUGAAUAUAGGUUCAAAUGCAAUAUAAGUGACUGUGGUAAACCGUUUCUAACCUCUUACAGUUUGAAAAUUCACGAACGAGUGCAUACUAAGCAAAAACCAUUUGUUUGUACAAAAGAAGAAUGCCAAAAGGCGUUCAACACUGUUUACAGGUUGCGUGCUCAUCAACGUUUGCAUACAGGUGAAACAUUUGAUUGUAUGCAAGCCGGAUGCGGUAAAUGUUUUACGACAUUCAGUGAUUUGAAAAAACAUUACCGGACACAUACUCAAGAACGUCCUUACAAAUGCGUGGAGGAGGGUUGCGGCCGAGCAUUUACUGCUAGCCAUCAUCUUAAAACUCACAAACGAACACAUUCAGCGGACAAAUUGUAUACUUGUGAUAGACCUGACUGUAAUAAGUCUUUUCCGGGCAAAGCUAGUCUUAAAACACAUCAACGAUGUCAUGACAUUUGGGACGAAUCUGAAACGUUAUCAGAUUUUGCUGACGAUCUGCUCCAAAACUUGGACAACGACACGCUUGCCAGCACAGGACAAGAACUUUUAAAAUUACAAAGCCAACUUGUUAUACCUUUGUCGAAAGCCAACAUAAUGGCGCUCAGACAGCCCGAAGCAGCUGAAAUAGAGGUUGAGGCAUACUUAUCUGGAAGUGCCAUUCAAGCAUUGACAAGAGGGUCAAUGGAUUCAAAAGCAACGGUGCAGAAAAUGAUUUUGGCUGAACCGGGUGACGACAUGCCGGCCAAAAUGUCGGUUGACUGUAAUAUCGACGUACAAAAGAUGGGACAAGAUGCAAACGGCAUGAUUAGCUUAUGUGUGAUGGACAAUGGCGAAGUAAUGACCAGCUUAUUAAUGAUGCCAGUGAUCAGCAACGCUAGUUACGAAACAGUGUUAAACGAAGACGAUAGUCAACCGCCAGCAAUGUCCAUUGCUACAGAAAGCAUUCAAGAUUUACAUUUUGCCGAGCCAGUCAUCCAGCAUACAAUACAUUCUGAUGCCAUCGUGGCUGCUACUGCCAUGGAAAUAUCCGAGGAUGGUUCGUCUUUAGACAACGUUGGUCUUAUACCGUUCCAAGACAUUUUGGUGUCGAAACCGGACACAGACUUUGCUGUGUGCACGCCCCAAGUGAAACUCUGUGAUGACUCCAUUGAGGAGCAACUUGAACAAAUGGUCAGAAACUUGAAUGCGGAAAAGCUUAUAAUGAGUAUGGCCGAGGAUUGUGGUGACAUUGGGCUACUAGAUAGUUCAGUGGCUUCGCUAGUGGUGAGUCCACAGCUAGAAGUAUUUGAACCAACAUUUCCCGAACCUGAACUAAAUACUCUAGUCCACAAUUGUACUGCGUCUGAAGAACCAUGUUCCGAAAGCCAUCCAGUGGCAUCCUGUUCCAUGACUGUAGCAAGUAACACACGUAAACAACUCAGAAAAGUACUCGAACACAGACGCCCAACCGGAAUAACUCAAUACUAAGUUAAACUAAUUAUAUUUUUAUGUUAAAAUAAUUUUUUUACAUUUUUUAUGUACACCAUGAUCACUAACUUAGAUACUAAGUGAAUAUUAUAUGUUAAACAUACUGAAAUACAUUUCUCGAAAUAACGUUUAAUCAUUACAAUUAAAAUAUAAAUUUGUUGUUAACUAAUAAAAUAAGAAAUAUUAGAUUAUAUGAUGAACCUUUUUUUCAUAAUUAAAAUCUGUGUGGUCAAUUAUGUUGGCUACAUUUAUAAAUUAAGUAGACCGUAAGCCAAGAUUAUAAAAUUCUACUCAAAUUAUGAUUAAAAUAAAUAAAACAUUUGUAUUCGUUUUUA